AUGCCACGACCCCCAUCCUCCUUCUACAGCCAAGAUGAGGUGAAAACCAACAAUCUGGGUUACAAACCAUUCGAAUAUUGGAAAGGACCCAAGCCAGUAGCUUGGCCAUCAAUCCGCCAGCCCAACAAUCACGCCCGAAAGCACUCAAGCUCGCGGACCACGGGCCGGAUCGGCAGCGUUAAACCGCAGCCCGGCGGCGCAGUCAACUCGCUAAGGGAGUUCGAGCCAAUCCAGCCGUCGAAGCUCUACUCGGCGCAGCAAUUCGUGGCAACCCUGCAGGCCGCGAAGCUCGCCGAUACGAAACACGACAGCCACACCCACGUGGAGUACGUGGGCAGCAGGGGUGACAUCGGGCAAUUCCGUUCUUCGGGCGAUAUCAAGUCAGGCAGCCCAUGGGGUGCUGACGACGACAAAGGAAAGCUCAAAUUGGCUGUAAUUCAGGAAUCAACAAAAGGCUGGUCUGACACGCAUCACGGUGACUACAAGACCGCUGGUGUGAAAAUCUCCCAGAAGGAACUCACCCGGAGUUAUUCCACACGGUCCAGUCCUCCCGAUUACGCAGACCUCCCGCCGUUGAAUAUGAAGAAAGGCGCGGGGAACCUCCCGCAGAGGUACUAUGGCGAUGAGCGCGGCGACAAGUGGUGGGAUUUCAAGACCUGGCGCAGGAGGACAUGGGCCAUUAUCGUCUCGAUCGUGGUGGUCAUCAUUGUCGUCGUGGUCAUCGUCGUGACCAUGCUGCAGAAGAACAAUGCCUAUCCCAACUAUAAGAGGCUGUCCUAUUCGCUCUCAGAUGAGUACUCAGGUUCAGAUUUCUUUGACAACUUCGACUACUACACGGGCUACGACCCGACCAACGGCUUCGUGCACUACGUGCCGCGCGAGCAAGCCGAGUCGCUCAACCUCACCUACGCCAGCACGUCCUCGGCCGUGCUGCGGGUGGACACGUCCGUGGGGCCGACGUCGUCGCCGGACGCCUCCACGGGGCGGUUCAGCGUGCGGGCGACAUCCAAGCGGCAGUACAACACGGGCAACGGCGGGCUCUACCUGUUCGACAUCAAGCACACGCCCUACGGCUGCGGCACGUGGCCGGCGCUGUGGCUGACGGACCCCAACAACUGGCCCGACAACGGCGAGAUCGACGUGAUGGAGGCGACGAACCUGGCCGACGACGGCAACGCCAUGACGCUGCACACGUCGUCGGGCUGCAGCAUGAACCACAAGCGCAAGAUGACGGGCACGUCGACGCACGCCAACUGCGACUCCAGCGGCACGAGCAACACCGGCUGCGGCGUGGACGGCUCCGAUUCGACGUACGGCGAGGAGUUCAAUGCCAACGGUGGCGGCAUCAUGGCCCUCGAGUGGAGGAGCGCAGGCAUCCGCAUGUGGCAGUUUGCGAGGAGCAGUAUUCCAUCCGAUAUCACGAGCGGCUCCCCCGACCCCAGCACAUGGGGCACCGCGCUCGCGGAUUUCCCGGACACGGGGUGUAAUAUUGGCAACCACUUCAAGAACCAGUCCAUCAUCAUGAACAUUGAUCUCUGUGGUGAUCUUGCCGGCGACCUGUAUUCUGGUACCAGCUGCCCGUCAAACUGCACUGAUUACGUGGCCAACUACCCGGAGGAGUUCACUAAUGCAUACUGGGAGGUGGGGACUUUCCAGGUUUAUACAGCGUCCUGA